AUGGCUCCAACUCAAGUUGUUGCAAUGGUGCUGCUGGCGGUGGGCAGUGCACUGCUGUCUGCGGCUGCGGACACCGCAGCUGCGCCAUCCCCGCAACCCUUCGUCUGGCAGAAGGCGCAUGCGACAUUCUAUGGUGGCGCUGAUGCCUCCGACACAAUGGGUGGCGCAUGCGGUUACGGCAAUCUCUUCUCUGAAGGGUACGGGACACGAACAGCCGCUCUGAGCGCCGUGUUGUUUAAUGAUGGCGCCGCGUGCGGGCAGUGUUACAAGAUUGCAUGCGACCGCAAGCGUGCGGACCCGUUGUUUUGCAAGCCCGGUGUUACGGUCACCGUCACUGCCACAAACUUCUGUCCGCCCAACGCCGCCCUCCCCAAUGACAAUGGCGGAUGGUGCAACACGCCAAGGCCGCACUUUGACAUGGCCCAACCAGCCUGGGAGAAGAUCGGUGUUUAUAAAGGUGGCAUCAUCCCCGUCAUGUACCAAAGAGUUCCGUGCGUGAAGCGGGGUGGUGUGAGGUUCAAAAUCAAUGGUCACGAUUACUUCAAUCUUGUGCUGGUGAGCAAUGUUGCUGCGGCAGGAUCGAUCAAGUCCAUGGAUGUCAAGAGCUCUGAUUCUGAUGACUGGAUGCCUAUGGCACGCAAUUGGGGCGCUAACUGGCACUCGUUGGUGAACCUGACCGGAAAGAUGCUCUCCUUUAGACUAACAAACACUGAUGGACACACUAUUGUGUUCAACGAUGUUGUGCCAAAGGGGUGGACCUUCGGGCAAUCCUUUGUUAGCAAAUUGCAAUUCUAG